AAGCUUAAAGCCACUAUAAACCCUAGAGUACACAUUUACUUUACCAUUCGCGAAGAGCUGCAGCUCGGCUUCACUCGAUUCAGCCGUAACCAUGGUGAAUGUGCCUAAGACCAAGAAGACUUACUGCAAGAGCAAGGAGUGCAGGAAGCACACUUUGCACAAGGUUACACAGUAUAAGAAGGGUAAGGAUAGUUUGGCUGCCCAAGGGAAACGUCGCUACGAUCGCAAACAAUCCGGUUACGGUGGACAGACCAAACCAGUGUUCCACAAGAAGGCAAAAACUACCAAGAAGAUUGUGCUGAGGCUGCAAUGCCAGGGUUGCAAGCAUGUUUCGCAGCAUCCGAUCAAGAGGUGCAAACACUUUGAGAUUGGUGGAGACAAGAAAGGGAAGGGAACGUCUCUUUUCUAGUUUUGUUUUUCUUGUUGCAUGUUUUGCUUUUUGUUUGCUUUGGUGGAAGAACUUUUAAUGAAUGCGGUAUGGAAUGUUUGGUGUAGUUUUGAUUUUAAUUUCUGAUUUUAUGAAAACGUUUAUGUGAUGUUCACAUUUAAUGGAAGUUUUGGUUCA